UGUUUGUUUUACUAGUUUUAUUUUAAGUAGGGUGAUGUAUCCACAAUUAAUAUCUUUUGUUCUUGGUCACAUAACUCAAAUUUCAUGUGCCUCGACUGCUUGCAGGGCGAGAAGUGCGUGGGCUUGGGAUACCUCCUGCCUCAGUCAGCUCAACACCCUCAAGACCCGCAUCGAGCAACAGAAGUCCAAGCUAGAAAUCUGUGGUCCCCUAGCUACUGCUAUCCUGAAUGGGUUGGAGACCAGAUUUGCUGAUGCCUAUAAGGACCAAGACACCCUGCUUGCAACUGUGUCGAACCCAAGGUGCAAGUUGAUGUGGACUGGGGACCAAACCCUGCGUGAGAAAUGCAGAUCCCUCUUGACUGCAGAGGCAGCAUUGAUGGACACGCCAUUGAUCAACACGCCAGUCCAGUCCCCAACCAAGUGCUCAGCUGAACAGGCAGACUUCUUCAUUUAUGAAGAAGUUACCGGCACCCCUGAGGCAACUACCUUCCUGAUGUCUGGAUUGUCGCAGAAUGUCAAUGAACUGGACAAAUAGCCCACGAUCAA